CUCCACCCUUAAAUCUCUCGUUGAAGUAAUUUCUUCUCCAUCCUCUGGUUUCACUUUGCAUACUAGUCUUUCACUUACGACCAAGCAAACCUGUAAGGAGAAAGAAAGAAGAUGUCAUCGAUGAUGCCAGACUGGUCUCAGCUUCCCAAUGAGCUACUUCCACUUAUCUCCAAGAAACUGGAACUGGAUGAUUACUGUUUCGAUGUAGUUCAUGCUCGUUCUGUUUGCCGUUCGUGGCGAUCAUCAUUUCCAUUUCCUUCUUGCAUGUUACGCCCAAGUUAUUCUCUUCCCUCGUUCGUUGAUUUCCCUCUGGAAAACAAAGAAUUGUGCACCUUAAAGAAGGUCCCUUUGUUUCUCUUUAGAGUCCGAGGUCCUGCUGCUUCGGCUGCGUUACAGUGUGAGUAUCUCCUGGGAGGAAUAGGCCAAGAUGAGUCGGAUUAUCGUUUGGCGCUUUCAUCUCCCCUGCAGUGUUCAGUGAAAGUGAAUGCCCGAGGAAUUGAUCCAACGUUGGUGAAUGUUCUUGACUAUCAGGUUGUUCCUAUGGGGUAUCAGUACAGAAUAGUCGGUUGGGAUCCCGAGCGAUGGAUAGGAUAUUACAGAGGUGUGGUUUUCCUUCCGCUAAACAAGGAUGGAGAAGGACAAGAAGAGUUCAUUGUGAUCCUCAACUACUCUAAAGUUUUGUUGGUGUUAACAAGUGCGGAGAUGAGGUGGAAGCGGCUCACGACUGUCCCAAACUAUCAAUGCACGGAUUUAGUCACUUUUCGGGGACGGUUUUAUGCGGUUUUUUUAACCGGGGAAAUUGUCGUUAUCGAUCCUUAUUCGCUGGAGGCGACUCCUUUGAUGCCUUCGCAGCCUCUGCGUUCAGUCAAUCAUCUGGUUCCAUCUGGCGAUGAUGAGCUUUACCUGGUCGAGAAUUUCAACCCGAUUCCUGAUGCUGAUGAACUAGAUUUUAAUCGGUUUACAUGUAGAGUAAGUAGGCUAGAUGAAGAGGCUGGUGUUUGGGUUGUUGUCAGUGAUUUGGGAGGACGUGUGUUGUUUCCUGAACACUUUGGAAAUGUCUCAUGUUCUGCUAAGGAGUUUCCUGAUGGCUGUGGUGUGAGUGGGAACUCAAUUUUGUUCACCAAUGAAGGUAAUGUAACUUUUGCUUACAAAUAUGGAGUGCAUACCGGAAGGGCCGAAGACGAGCUCAAUAUUUGGCGAUUCUCUGGAGAGAAACGUGUGACGAUCCUCAGCACAUCUCCUACGGUGGCUCUCCGGGUUGAAGAUCAUUCUGAAAAUCUCGCUUUGGAUACCUGAGACAUACUGUUGGUUUUGUAUAUGUUAGCUUUAGUGAUCUUUAAUGUUCUGAAGUGUGUGUAUGUGUGUGUAUUUUGUGUUUAAACUGUAUGCUGAAAACUAUAUAACUUGUAUUUCAGUUUUAGUUUUUGUUGUAACCUAACUACUUUCUCGAGACCAGACAGCUAUCUCUAUGGAUAUGGUUGUCUCAUGAACUCUCAAAGCUGUAUCUGGUCAUGGUUGUGUAGUUCAAGUAUACUAUAGCUAGUCAAGGUAGAUUUAUUGAGGA